CCUCAUGUCUUAGACUUCAUAUCUUAUUAUUAUAUAUGUCAUGUUCCCCAUUACAAAUGUUCUUGGACACGCCCAACGGUUAACAAACAACAAUAAACGGACAUAGAUUGAAUCUUGAUAUCAUAAAUAUGUGUUUAGUUACUGCACAUUCCGUAGAUUUGCAGAAGUUGUUUUGCAGCCGAAGAAAAUAAGACAGCAUCAAUGGCAACAGACAGGCUUUCUGCAUUAACAGAUGAGUUUCUUUCAACUCAUAUUCUGUCAGAGUUUUCCUACAGAAAUGUAGUACGUUUGUGCUUGCUCUCGAAGAGAUGGAGAUUCUUAUGGAAGAAAAUAACCUUUCUCAAUUUUUAUUGGCAAGAUUUUGAGAAACAAAAAGAUUUUGAGAUAAACGUAAUAAUUAGCAAUGCUCUGUUUCACCUGGAUGCUCUGUUUCACCUUCAAAUCGUCUUGAAUGGCCCCAAGACUGCCGAUUUGAACAACUGGAUUCGACUUGCAGCUGAAAAAAAGGAGAUGAUAUCCUAUAAGAUUUCAGAGACAGAGGUAACAGAGGUGACAUUGUCAAAUUUGAAGAUAGUGCGUGUCCAUAUUGGGACACAAAAGAUUGGGCAGGCUGUGAAUUUUCUAGAUUUUCUUCUGAAAAAUAGUCCAUUAUGUGCAAUAAGUGUCUUUCUGUCAAAACGCCGCAGUAGAAUCAUGCUAGAUAAAUUGCUAAACUUGGAAAAGGAAUCAAGAUUAUCCACUGCCAUAAGAGGAUGGUCAACAGAGUCCAAAGCAAUUUGUGUGUUGUGUGGUCAUUACAGAGUUUGAAAACCAUUUCCUGCAAUGUAAAUGCAACAUCUUCAGAGAUUUAAAGUUACCAUAUCCUGCAAUGUAAAUGCAAUAUCUUCAAAGAUAUAAACUUUUCCUUGUCAAGAAACAUUAGUAGUUAUCUUUUUUGUUUGGCCCAAAACAGAUGUACUUUCAUACAAUGGAAAAUGGGAUGGUUAUGUUAUCUUGA